AUGGUAAAUGUCAAACUAAUCUCGAACUUAACAAACAAUUUAACAAUAAUUCAAGCAGAACUUUGGUUUAUUCCAUUCGAUAUUAUUAUGAUUAUUUGCACGAGUUUAACAAUUCUAUUAGGUAUAUUAUUUCUAAUUAUUUGUAUUACAAAUCGAACGUGUUGGUCAAUUCAAAUGCUUUUAACAUGUAAUAUAUGUGCAGCUGAAGUAUUCUUAGCUUGUGUUUUACUAAACAUGGCACUUUUUACUUUUCAAAAAGAUCUACAAUUAAAUAUGUUUAGUCUCACAUUUUGUUUUGCGAUGGGAUUUUGUGGAUAUGUCGCUGAUUGUGCGCAAAACUAUUCGUAUUUGUUAAUAGCUAUCUAUCGAUAUAUAUCAGUUGUUUAUCCAACUCGAAUUUUGUGGUUAUCAGCAAAAUUUCAACUCGUUCUUAUUCUUAUUCAAUGGAUAUUCUGUUCAUUGUAUGUUUUACCAGUGUUUUUAACUGGUCACUGCACGUACAAUAUUGAUAAUCAAAUAUGUCAAAUUCCUCUUAGUCUAUCUGUCCCAAUGGUUUAUGUUGGAACAACUAUUUAUUUUAUUCCGAAUUUUGUUGUUCUUUUUCUUUAUAUGAAAUUAACUCGAUAUGUUCAUAAGAUUAGUAUUCGUGCAAUACCGGCAAAUACUUUAUUUCAUGCGCGACGGGAAUUGAGACUUAUUCAACGAACAUUAAUUCUUUCCAAUACAUUAAUCAUUCUCGGUGUACCAUAUGCUCUAUUCAUGUUUAUAUCGUUUUUCACAACACCACCGAAAUACCAUUUUCGUAUUGCAUAUAUUUGUGUUGAUCUAUCUCUCGUAAUAAUUUUAGUCAUGCUGUACUAUUUUACAACGCCAGUGAAAACAAUUAUAGUGCAGAAAUUCACAAAUAGAAAUGCAGUUGAACCCAUAAGGCAAACAGCACGAACAUAA